AAUAGGGACGUUUGGGGGCAUCGAUAUAAAAAGGUCAUAGAAGUUCAGGGUUUGCUUUCUCCGACGUUGUCCAGUGCAAGGUUGUGGUGGCGGGCCUGGUGGUCGGCCGUGGAUCUGCUUCAAACUUGGAAGAGGCUCUUACUUUCGGUUUCAUCUGAGGUCCUGUUGAAUCCCCAUGGCGUCCAAGCGUAUCUUGAAGGAACUCAAGGAUUUGCAGAAGGAUCCCCCGACUUCUUGCAGCGCAGGUCCUGUAGCUGAGGACAUGUUCCAUUGGCAAGCGACAAUUAUGGGACCCUCUGAUAGCCCAUAUGCGGGAGGUGUUUUUCUAGUUACUAUUCAUUUUCCUCCUGAUUAUCCUUUCAAGCCCCCUAAGGUUGCAUUCAGGACUAAGGUCUUCCACCCGAACAUCAAUAGCAAUGGAAGCAUUUGUCUUGACAUCCUCAAAGAACAGUGGAGCCCAGCUCUUACCAUUUCUAAGGUAUUGCUCUCUAUCUGCUCGUUGCUGACUGACCCAAAUCCUGAUGAUCCUCUUGUACCGGAGAUUGCCCACAUGUAUAAGACUGACCGGGCCAAGUAUGAAGCCACUGCACGCAGCUGGACCCAGAAGUAUGCUAUGGGAUGAUCGUUGUUAAGACGGCAGAUUUGGAUUUUGCAUUACGAAGGAAUAUGUGUAAUCAUGCCUUUGUUUUCUCUUCCUGUUGCUUGUUGUUUAUUUUGGGGGUGUUGGGAGAAGAUUGAGGUGGGGCUAGCAUUUUGGUCAGAACAAUUCUCUGCUGUCAAUUUGUAUAACCGAAGGUGGGAACAGUUUAUGCACACUUGUUUGAAGCUGUUAUCUCUGGCGAUGUAGAAAUAUUCACUAGCGUAUUGCAAACUUAUUUGAAGUUGCAGCAUAAUUAAGCAAAUUAAUGUUGUUUUCAAUCUCCCA